GGGGAGCCCGAGUUCCGCUACGUGGCCGGGAUGCACGGGAACGAGGUGCUGGGCCGGGAGCUGCUGCUCAACCUCAUGGAAUACCUGUGCCGGGAAUUCCGGAGGGGCAACCCCCGCGUGGUGCAGCUGGUCACGGACACCCGGAUCCACCUGCUGCCCUCCAUGAACCCCGACGGAUACGAGACCGCCUACGAGCUGGGCUCGGAGCUGGCGGGCUGGGCCAUGGGCCGCUGGACCUACGAGGGCAUCGACCUCAACCACAACUUUGCCGACCUGAACACGGCGCUGUGGGACGCCGAGGACAACGACCUGGUGCCCCACGAGUUCCCCAACCACUACAUCCCCAUCCCCGAGUACUACACCCUGGCCAACGCCACGGUGGCCCCCGAGACGCGGGCGGUGAUCGCGUGGAUGCAGCGCUUCCCGUUCGUGCUGAGCGCCAACCUGCACGGGGGGGAGCUGGUGGUCACCUACCCCUUCGACAUGACCCGCACCUACUGGAAGGCUCAGGAGCUCACCCCCACGCCCGACGACGGCGUGUUCCGCUGGCUGGCCACGGUCUACGCCACCGCCAACCUGGCCAUGGCCAGCGGCGACCGCCGGCGCUGCCACUACGACGACUUCGCCCGCCUGGGCAACGUCAUCAACGGGGCCAACUGGCACACGGUGGCCGGCAGUAUGAACGACUUCAGCUACCUGCACACCAACUGCUUCGAGAUCACCGUGGAGCUCUCCUGCGACAAGUUCCCGCACGCCUCGGAGCUGCCCCACGAGUGGGAGAACAACCGCGAGUCGCUGCUGCUCUUCAUGGAGCAGGUGCACCGAGGGAUUAAGGGCGUGGUCCGGGACAGUGACACCGAGCAGGGCAUCCCCAACGCCAUCAUCGCCGUGGAUGGGAUCAACCACGACGUCCGCACCGCCGUGGACGGGGACUAUUGGCGGCUGCUGAACCCGGGCGAGUACGAGGUGACGGCGCGGGCCGAGGGCUACGAGGCGGCCACGCGGUCGUGCUGGGUGUCCUUCGAGAACGUCCCGACCCCCUGCAGCUUCCGCCUGGAGCGGGCGCGGGGGUGGCCCCGGGGGUCCCGCCCGGCCCCCGACCCGACCCUGCGGCUGCGGCGGCAGCGCCUGCGCCGCCUGCGCGCCCACGGCCGCGGCCACUGGCCGGGACCGGCACCGGGACCGUGACCGGGGGCUCC